UGGGUGUGUCUUUGUCGUUCACUGCACUUGUCCUCAGCCCUGUGAAUAUUACACAUACACACACAGUACACCUACUUUUUGCCUUCACAUCUCACAUCCAACUCCAGCAGGUUGCGUUGCUAUAAUGGCUAAUACUACAAUCACCGUGCAGCCAGGGGUCACUAUGCCAGCUCAUGCCAAAGUUAACACAUGGAGCACUGGCUUGUGUGACUGCUGUGAGGACAUGAGCACCUGCUGUUUUGGUUUCUGGUGCCCCUGGUGUUUGAUGUGCACGACAGCCCAAGAGUUCGGAGAAUGCCUUUGCCUCCCUCUGCUGGAUCUUUGCUUCGGAAGCCUCAUACCUCCUGCCACCUAUGCUGUAAGAAGUGCCAUGAGAGAGAGAUACCGUAUCCAGGGCACAAUGUGUGAUGACUGUUGUGUGGCGACCUGCUGUGGAAUCUGUGCAUGGUGUCAAAUGGCCAGAGAGCUGAAGUUUCGCAGGCAGCCGCAAGUGUUUGUGAACCAGUCGGUGAACCUGUCCUACCCAACACCAGUAAUCACCUCUUACCAGCCGAUUGUGAAUCAGUCCUACCAGCCACCCCCUAUUAAUCCAGACUACCAGCCACUGCAGCCAAACAACCCUCCUGUGUACGCCCAGCCUUCCAAGUCAGCUGAAAGUCAUGGACCGUAUCCGGCUGUAUAAACCACAUAUAAUCUACAAAGUUCUAUAAUGUCACAGUCUCUUUUAUGUAUACUCUCUUUUUAUGUAUUUUUAUAAUUUCAAUUACACUUCAGUAUGUACGUUUGAAAGAAUCAAUAUUCCCUUGGCAGUCCCUUGGUAUAGAGUAAGAUCUCUGCUUGCUAUGUUCGUAUGUCAAGGUCGAUGUGAUCUUGAGUGACUAUACAGUCCAAUGCGUGACUUGCAUCUCUUUAGGCACACAGAACAGAUGAAAUCAUCAUUUGUGUCGCUUGAUGUAGACAACUGACGUUGCUUUCUAGCUGCUCAUAGCUGCUCCUGAUGAUCUCUCCUUUGUUGUGCAAAGUUCUGAGCACCUUUGUGAACCGUGGAUCUCCAGACAGAUCUGUCGAUAGCGUUGUCUUUCUACGUAUCAGGAUUGAUACUACAUUGUUUCAUGUUGUGCUUCAGAUUGUCUUUGAAGCACUUUCGCUGUCCACCUUGAAAUCAUUUGCCAGUCUUGAGCUCUGAAAACAAGAUCUGCUUCGGUAGACGAUCAUUGCUCAUGCGCACCACAUGGCCUGCCCAACGCAAUUUACUUUUGAUGAUUAUAGCUUCUAUGCUGGUUGUUUUAGCAUCAUCUAUUGUAAGACAUGGUUGUUAGUGCGUCUGUAAAUCCAUUUCACGUUGAGGAUCUUUCACAGGUAUCUUUGAUGGUAUUGCUCGAGGCUCUUUAUAUGACGAUUGUAAGUUGCCCAGGUCUCAGAUCCAGUGAGGAAUAUUAUUGCUUUGAAGACCUUGAUCUUGGUUCUCGUGAAAAGGUCUUUAUUGUCAAAAACUCUAGUUCUGAGAUGACCAAAUGCUGCACUUGCUGCGUUGAGUCUGUACUGGAUUUCGUUAUCUACAUCUGCUUUUGAAGAGAGGCAACUACCGAGAUAGGUAAAGUGGUCAACAUUUGCUCGCGGUUCUCCGCUGAUGGAGAUUCAGGGAGGCUCCUUUGAAAUAAUCAAUAUUACCCAGUGUACAAAGUCUAUAUUUGUGUGAAAACCUUUUUUUUCCUUGGAGACAUCAAUAAAACAUUAUACUUUACAAUA